AUGGAUGAAGCCAAGACUCUCAUCCGAACGGCUGUGCGCACUUUCUUCCCUCAUCCUAAACAGAUCAUCAUUGUCGACGCUAUCCUCAUGCACUCAGUUCUGCAAAUGGACGACCUGAACAUUCUCCUCAAUUCUCAGCCUAAAGAUAUCAGAAGCCUACUGAACCCUCUCCGCACCGCACGCCUCGUCCAAACACAAUCCCGCAAUGAAGCCAAGAUAGGCUCUACAAGACCCUCUUCAAGAGAAUACUACUAUUGUCCCUUUCACCCGGCAAUAGAUGCAAUCAAAUACAAAAUCGCAAAACUCCGCAAGAAAGUGGAGGCGAUGUAUCAACAAGAUGAGACCAAACGCAAAGACUGGCGCUGUCCCCGCUGCAAAGCGGAAUAUGAAGAACUUGACAUACUCGACAAAGUCGGAGACGAAGGCUUCUACUGCGACAGAUGCCAUGCGACACUGGUCCAAAAUGAACAAGCUGCACAGAAAGACCGCGGCAAUCACGAAAAAAUCAGAAAGCUGAAUGAUCAGCUCAAGAAGUUUGACGACAUGAUCCUCAAGAUCGAUCGCACAGACAUUCCCGAAAACGACUUCGCCUCAGCAUGGGACCGAAAGAAAGACGUCCCCCGACAGCAGGGAAGUGGUAAAACAGACAACUCGGAACAGUAUGUUCCUCUACAGAGAGGCAACAGAUACUACGACUACAAGAGAAGCGGCCCAGAGAUGGUCGACGUCAAAAACCUCACCGUCAACUUGACUAGUGGUGAGGAACAGGAGCGUGAGGAAGCAGAGCGCAAAGAAGAGCGCAGGAAAUUUCUCGCCAAGCAGAAUCAACUGCCAGUGUGGUAUACAAGCAGUGCAAUCGGGGCUACCACCAAUGGAACCGCCACGGCUGCUACCACUCCAGAUGAAGACGACACAGCAGAAGCUGAAGCUGAAGCAGAAGACGACUUUGAAGACGUCAUGGAUGUCAAACCAAGCAAUGGCAUCAAAAGAGAAUAUGAAGUCGCAUUUGAAGGCGACUCAGAGGAAGAUGAAGAGUUCGAAGAUGCAGUUUAA